UGGUCGAAAUGAUGUAGUGAGGACAAGAUGAAGUACUAUUUAAGUAGUAACGGAAUUGAUGAUAGCAAAACAUGGACGUCAUGUAAUUGCACAAUUAUUUUGCAAGAAUAUAUAGAUGAACAAUAGGGCGUUAUUGUUAGACGGUAAGUCAACAGGAAUAAUAAAGCGAGUUCCUAAGAUUAGUGGAGAAAUAAGAACAAAUAUGAGGCUUGCAGAAAUUUAUGAACCCGCUGAAAUAAAUGACAGAGGCCAUGAAAUAUGUAAUAAAAUUGGUCCUGAAUUAGAAAAACGAGGAUUAACAUUUUAGGCAUCCAUAUUAUGGACGAUUUUUUUUUGCUUGAAAUUAAUACUACUUCGCCAACGGAAGUAGUGCAGAUCAAU